UAAGCGACUCUGCAGAUAGAUGCUGAGCAAUUAUGUUGAUUAGCAAGAGAAAGUAGCUACCAGCUAAUGAGCAGACUUGUGGAAUGAACUAAUCAGCCAUCCCUAAUUAACAGUGAGCCCUGAGAGCACCAGGAGUGGAAGCCUUGAGGAGAAAUGAGAGGGCUUCCCAGCCCAGCAGCGGUCCUCCAACAUCCUCUGCUGGGGCUGGCAGCAGUGUCCCAUGUCCUGCUCGUCCCUUUGGGUGAGCUGAAGAGACGUUUGAAGGCGGAGAGAAAAAUGGCCGAAAAAGAGGCAAAGCAGAAAGAGCAAAACGAAAAGCAAUCAGAUAAGUCUUGCUUGACUCCUGACUCUGAGAAUAACAUUGGUGCUGAUGAGGAAAGCUUGGAUCCGAAUCAAUAUUACAAGAUCCGUAGCCAUGCAGUCCAGCAGCUGAAGGGCACCAGUGAAGAUCCUUACCCCCACAAAUUCCACGUAGACUCAUCUCUCUCAGAUUUUAUAGAGAAGUACAGCCACCUGCAGCCAGGAGAUCACCUGACUGACGUGACAGUGAGAGUGGCAGGUCGAAUCCACGCAAAGCGUGCCUCUGGAGGGAAACUGAUCUUCUAUGAUCUUCGAGGCGAAGGAGUCAAGUUGCAGGUCAUGGCAAAUUCCAGGCUCUACAAGUCGGAGGAAGAAUACUUCCGUAUUACCAACAAGCUGCGUCGUGGGGACAUCAUUGGUGUACAGGGGAAUCCUGGCAAAACAAAGAAAGGGGAACUGAGUAUUAUUCCUUAUGAAAUAACUUUGUUGUCUCCAUGCCUGCACAUGUUGCCUCAUCUUCACUUUGGCCUCAAAGAUAAGGAAACUAGGUAUCGUCAGAGAUACUUGGAUUUAAUUCUUAAUGAUUACGUGAGGCAGAAAUUCAUAACCCGUGCAAAGAUCAUUACGUAUAUUCGGAGCUUUCUAGAUGAGUUGGGCUUUCUUGAGAUUGAAACUCCUAUGAUGAAUAUAAUUCCAGGUGGAGCUGUGGCUAAACCUUUCAUCACAUACCACAACGAGCUGGAUAUGAAUUUAUAUAUGAGAAUUGCUCCAGAGCUUUAUCAUAAGAUGGUGGUGGUUGGAGGCAUGGACAGAGUAUAUGAAAUUGGGCGUCAGUUCCGUAAUGAAGGAAUCGAUCUGACUCACAAUCCCGAGUUCACAACUUGUGAAUUCUAUAUGGCUUAUGCGGACUAUCAUGACGUGAUGGAAAUUACAGAGAAGUUACUUUCAGGGAUGGUGAAGCAUGUUACUGGAAGUUACAAGAUUGUUUACCAUCCAGAUGGUCAAGAUGGACAGGCCUAUGAGAUAGAUUUUACUCCUCCCUUCCGGCGAAUUAGCAUGGUGUGUGAACUGGAAAAGGUCCUGGGAGUGAAAUUUCCAUCAGCUGAUUGUUUUGAAACUGAAGAAACUCGCAAGUUCUUUGAUGACCUUUGUGUGGAGAGAAAUGUUGAGUGUCCACCCCCCAGGACAACAGCCAGGCUUCUUGACAAGUUAGUUGGUGAAUUUCUGGAAGUCACUUGUAUCAACCCAACAUUCAUCUGUGACCACCCACAGGUCAUGAGUCCUCUAGCCAAAUGGCAUCGCCGUUGUCCGGGACUGACAGAACGCUUUGAACUCUUUGUGAUGAAGAAGGAAGUAUGCAAUGCGUACACAGAGCUGAAUGAUCCUUUUCGGCAGCGGCAGCUUUUUGAGGACCAGGCCAAGGCAAAAGCUGCAGGUGAUGAUGAAGCGAUGUUUAUUGAUGAGAACUUUUGCGUCGCGCUGGAGUAUGGUCUUCCCCCUACAGCUGGCUGGGGCAUGGGGAUUGAUCGCCUCACCAUGUUCCUUACAGAUUCCAAUAACAUCAAGGUAAAUGUUAGAAACGGCAGCGCCUACUGCUGGCUUUGUCAGAGAACUGGGAUGGGAUUCUGUGAAGCAGGCCCCCUCUGUAACAGAACAGAAGUAACAGGUAACAAACAUGGCUGUUGGAAAUGUUUUAAGGCUAGGAUUUGCACCUCAGAAAAGCUCUUAUUUGUUGCACCUGUUGAGAACUCGCACCAGACUGUACAGCUGCCAUGCGGAUGGCGGUAACGUACCCGGCUGGGUGCGUGAAGCACAAGCUGAGCUCGCCGCG